AAGGUGGACACAUUUUUGCAUGCAAGCUUCAACCAGCUUGAUAAUCCAUUCUUGAGGUAUGGCUGGAGAUAUUCUGGAUCGAUUUAACCCAAAAGUUUCAAAGCUCUUAAAGCUUUUGUUCACUACGGAAAACUUUGGACUCAAAGGAGAGAGAAUCCAAAUAAAAGAACCGAAGUCAGGAUGCAGUUAUCCACCUUCGACAGCUAGAAAUCUAGAUCGUUUUAAAGUCUAUAUCCCCUUUGCUGGACACACUCUUAAAUGGGAAGUAAUAUUCAGCCAUCCAGAAUUACCUCCUGAUUUCAUAUUUGGAAAUCAAGAGUUAGACUUUGUUCCUGACAUUGAAAAAAUGCAGUCCUUGAUCGAUUGGGACCAUAACAACCCACAGAGUUUUGUGACGUUAAUAAAAGAAUUGGUCCAGCAUUAUAAACACUACCAAACAGAGUUAGUCAAGUCCAUUCCCAGGAUGCAGAUUGAGUGUGACUACUUGCUUGGGAACAGUGAUUAUAGUGAUUAUGAAGUUCAUUUCAGAAGGGAAGCAAAUCAGAUGUAUGAUUUAGAAGUUAAUAUACUGAUUAAGAUUCCAGUAGAUGUUGAAUCUAUUCCCCCAUACCUUCUCAAAGACAAUCCUGGUAUAGAUAUGGCGUGUUUGCUUCUCACUUACAUUUCACCAGAUGGAAAGUGUCAUGUUACUCCAAGGUUGUACUUGUCCCCCAGAUUGGAAAGUGCUCUUGGUGGCUCUUCAACACUACGCAUCCCACAGUGGGGUGGACAGAAUGGUUCAUGUCUAAUGGAUUAUCUGCCUGUCAUUCAUCAAUUGUUAAAACAAAAGGUGACCCAAGUAAGCUCUGGUUAUCAAAAAAGGAAGGAGUAUGUGUCAGCAUUCAUGAGUUCAUUUGGAGGGUCUGUUCUUGAAUAUGAUGCUGAUACCUACUAUGACAUUUCACUGCUUCUGAACGUCCAGGGCUUCUUCUGUAUAGCACACAUAAGCUUAAGUGUGGGAUUUCCAUUAGACAAACCAACAAUUGAGCUUCAGUCAAUUUAUCAUGAGAUCAAAGGAGUCCCAUACUCCAUCACAUACAGAGAAUAUCCAUACUCUCCCCGGUGGAGUGGGGAACUUAUGUCAGAAGCAGCAAGAACAUUUUUUCUAGAGAAGAUUCCAGAAUUCAAAGAGGCCUCAGUAUCUAAUGGAACAUUUUGACAUACUGUACAACUUUGUAUAGUCUUUGGUUUUCUUAUUUCGAUAGGAGCCUGAUGAUAGCAUGACCGUUGUGUCUCUCUCCGUAUACUUUUAAUAGAAAAUAUCAAUAAAAAUUCACGGGACUGGAUACCAGCCAUUGUACUCUCUCAUCAAAGCUGUAGCGGGUGCUCAACACAUCCCUUCUAAAUAUUUGAUGUAUGGCAUGUAGAAAAAUAAUUAUUGUAAAGGUCMACUGAGAUCACCAGUAUUAUCCUGGCAUCCCUGAAUCAUGAGUGGAAAGGACCACUUGUUGGUGUUUGAUUGAAUUUUUUAGGGCACUAUUUGUGGAAAAAGUCAUAUUUAGUCUUAAAAUUGAAGUAGCUUAAUAAAAUCAAAGUUUGUAUAUAGUUUUUAUAUUGGCAUAAUAAAAUACGAUUAUUAUUAUA